AUGAUAUCUGUUGGGACGAGUUCAAAGAUGGCCAGUAACAGGACUAAUGCUGCUACCUCCGCUGCCUCUGACACAGAUUCAGAAGAGACUGCUGAACAAAUUGUACGUAAGAAAAAUACAAUUUCGCCAGAAGAUGUAUUGACUCUGUCUAAAAUUACAGAAGGGUAUUUAUGUGCUCCAGAUGCAAAUAUAUAUAAUAUAGAUUUUAUACGUUUUAAAAUACGUGAUCUAGAUACCGGCAUGGUUUUGUUUGAAAUUGCCAAGCCUUCUGUAAUACUUGAUGACAAUCAAACUGAAGGAAAAGUAGAAGAGACAGAUCUAAAUAGCGGCCGAUUUGUACGCUAUCAAUUUACACCCAAGUUUCUUAAACUGAAAUUGGUUGGAGCAACUGUGGAGUUUACUGUGGGAAAUAAGCCAGUUAAUAAGUUUCGCAUGAUUGAACGUCAUUAUUUCCGUAACAAAUUAUUAAAGACAUUUGACUUUGAAUUUGGCUUUUGCAUACCACACAGCAAAAAUACAUGUGAACACAUAUACAAAUUUCCUAAGUUGGAUCCUGAAUCGAUUAAGGAAAUGAUCCAAAAUCCAUUUGAAACCAAAUCUGACAGUUUCUAUUUUGUUGAAGAUCGACUCAUAAUGCACAACAAAGCUGAAUAUGCAUACAAUGGCGGUGUUUAG